AUGACCGAACUUUUGGCACUUGAAGCACCUAAGGGGAUUCGGAAUGUAAGUGUCAACAGUGAGGUUACAGUAGCCUGCCUUCAGCGAUUUGGGGGCAGUAGGUUUGUGUGCAGUCUCGGGUAUUUUGGUCUUGGUCUCAAUGUGGCAAGUCUAGGGGGCAGCGUCUACGUCAACAGCCUCAUCGCAGGAACGACAGAAUUCGUCUCCUUCAUCGCCUGCCUUCUCCUCCUCGACCGCACCGGCAGAAAGUCCUUACAUUGUGUGUGCAUGAUCCUUGGCGGUAUCUGCUGUACAGCCACAAUCCUUCCUGUCCUGUAUGGAGCUUGGGAUCUCAAAUGGCUGACCAUACUGCUUGCACUUCUGGGACGGGGUUUCGUAUCUGCAAGCUUUGCAAUAGUCAUACUUUACACUUCUGAGCUGUUUCCAACGGUCCUCAGGAACUCAGUAAUGGCGUCCGCAAGUAUAUGUUCCAGAAUUGGAGGAGUCAUAUCCCCUUAUAUCGCCAACCUGGCACUCGUGUUACCUGGCGACUUGGGUCGAGCAGUUCCACUGAUUAUAUUCGGGCUAUCGAUGGUUGGGGCUGGUUCGUUGGCAUUACUUCUACCGGAGACCCUAAACAGAAACCUCCCAGAGUCCAUUGAUGACGCCAAGAAGAUGAGGAGGAUCAAUCCCAAGUUAGAUGAAUCCCAGGAUAAUGGACACGACGAGGAAGUGAUACACUGAACGUCGAACUAACUGGAGGAAGGCAUCUUCUUGGACCACAUUUAGGAUGGCAUUUGACGAUUGAUUCUUAUUUUACCUAUGUCGUACAGCGUCCGCUAGUAAAAUGUCAAAAGUGUCGGCAUGUUGAAACCAAACUGGACGCCAAUUCGCCGUCAGUUCUAAAAGCCACCAGAAGCCGUUUCGAAUCAACAUUACUCACUUAUUCUGUUAAUUAAUAUGCCUCCCAUACUGCCCAUAAUUCGUGUAUACGGCCGCCUUUUCUUCA